AUGGGAACACAACGCGAAGAAAUAAAGAAUGCAAUAAUUUCAUUUAACGAACCAAACGCUGUGUUUUAUUCUGGACAACUUAUGAAAGGCAACUUGAAAUUUGAACUGAAUAAACCACUUCAUUAUAUUGCUAUAAACAUACAAUAUAUUGGAGAAUGUAAUGUUUUCUGGAUAGAGGAACAGAUCGAGGUAUAUAAUGGAGUGAAACAGAAGAAACACAUAAAGUAUGAGGGACGCGAGGAGUACUUUAACGUCGUACACUGUCUGAGUGGAGGGAGUGGUAGUACGUCUGUCCUGGCCACGGGACCACAUUCGAUCCCAUUCUCCUACCAGCUUCCAUCAAACAUUCCGUCAUCUUUCAAGGGUGAUAAAGGGACCGUCAUCUACAGUAUUAUAAUUAGUGUGCUAAUGACGGAAUUCACUAAACAAGAGAUCAGCGAGACGUUUGAUGUCAUAUCACCGGCAGAUUUGAAUCAGGGCGGCGAUGAUAUUAAGAAGCCAGUCAUCCUGAAUUUUGAGGAAACAUCGAGUUGCAACCUGUUCUGUGUUACAAGGCCAUUGUCUGUGGAAGUGAAGCUGCCAGCAUCAGGCUUCUGUCCCGGACAGACGAUACCCAUUACAGUAAAUGUCAAGAAUAAAACUAACUUGGAACUCUCUAAGAUAGUGUUUGAAAUAUCUACAAAAGAGCGAUAUCGCAGUCUUCACCCAGUAUCAGCGUUCAUACCCCCUGAAGAAGUAUUAGUGUCUAUUAAGAAAGGUCCCGUCUUUGCUAAAACAUGCAAAGAAUACAUGUGGGAGAUGAAAAUACCAGAAUUCAUAGCCCCCAAUUUAGAAAAGUGCAGUAUUAUCGAUGUCGGGUUCUUCUUCAAGGUAAAAAUAAAGACGUCAGGUUGUAUGGAUGAUAUGUACGACGAGUCUGAGAUCUGGUUGGGUCUCGUCCCGCUGGGGUCGUCGGGCGUGUCGUCCCACCCCCUGUCCGAGCGGCUGCCCAUCGCGUCCCUCCCCCCCGCGACCCCUCCGCCGCCCUACGAGUCUCCACAGAUGCCCCCCCCGUACAUACCGAACGUCCCGAACGUUCAGAUCUGUCCCCCCGGCCCCGUGCUCUUCCCUACUGUAGCCAACGUCGUAGAUAAAAGCCUCGCGUACGGCUCCAAGAGCAGCCCUUUGGGUGCUUUCGAGAUCGGCUUCCGACCCCCGGGAAGUUCCUCGAUGCCGGUACCAAGUCAUCCGUACCCGGAUUUCGAAGAUCAAGUUCAUCAGAGGCCAGAUAUAAAUCCCUACCCUGUUCCUGGUUCCAAUCCUCAAUACCCUGAACCAGCCGCUUCUGAUCCCUACUCCGUCCGCCCCUCCGCUCCGCCGCCGCCCUAA